AUGUCUACUGCCCUCACAUCCAACAUCCCCGGCGCUGAUCCUGCCUGGCAUCGCCGGAAUGACCACCCAUACUACAAAGAAAGUCACCAUCGCCUCCAGCGUUUCGUUCGCGAAUACGCCGACGCAGAAAUCGCCCCAAACGUGGAACAAUGGGAGAAACAGGGCGAAGUACCAGAAGCAGCCUUCAAAAGACAUGCUUCCUUGGGUUUCCUGGCUGCGUCUGCCUUUCCCAUUCCCCGUGCUUAUGUACAGGGUGUUACUCUUCCUGCUGGGAUAAGUGUUGAUGAAUGGGACGAGUUUCAUGAUGCUAUAAUCAUCGAUGAAAUGGCCCGUUGUGGCUGUCUAGGCACCAUCUGGGGAAUCAACGGCGGUGCCACCGUCGGAGGACCCCCAAUCGACCGCUACGGGAACAAGACACAGAAAGAAAAGUAUCUCGCUCCUUUACUGCGUGGACAGCAGAGACAUUGUCUUUGUGUGACCGAACCGUCUGCUGGAUCGGAUGUCGCGGGCCUCACAACGACCGCUACCAAAACCCCAGAUGGAAAAUUCUAUGCCAUCAAUGGAGAGAAGAAAUGGGUGACUCAAGGUCGCUGGGCUACACAUGGUUUGGUUGCAGCCAGAACUGGUCCUCGUACUGCGAAGGGAAUUUCAGUCUUUAUUGUUCCAUUGGAUCAGAAGGGGAUUACAAAGAGGAAGCUGGAUAAUUCGGGCGUUAGCUCGAGUGGCUCGACUUUCAUGGAGUUUGACGAGGUUCUGGUCCCUGCGGAGAACCUCCUAGGCAAGGAAAAUCAAGGAUUUGAGAUAAUCAUGUCGACGUUUGCCCACGAACGACUCUGGGUCGGCAUCACAGCUCUCCGCUUGAGCCGCGUCGCCUACGAAGAUGCCUACCGCCACGCCCUCAAACGCGAAACAUUUGGAAAACCACUCUUCGAGAACCAAGUCAUCCGACAGAAAUUCUCAAAAAUGGUCAACCGGAUGGAACCCACCCAGGCGUACGUCGAGGAGCUCGUUUUUCGCUCCGUACGCAUGCCAGCCAUUGAAUUUGCUACUUUGGCAGCCAUGCUCAAGGUUCAAGCCGCGCAUCACCUGGAGAAGAUUUCACGGGAAGCCCAACAGGUCUUUGGAGGUCUUGGAUAUUCCAAAGGUGGACAGGGACAGAGGGUUGAGCUGAUUAGCCGUGAUGUCCGGGUGUUGGUCGUUAGUGGUGGGAGUGAAGAGAUUUUGCUGGAUAUGAUUGCGAAGCAGCAGAAGAAUUUGGCGAGGUUGUGA